AUGCGUACCUACGACGAUACCUUCAGCGCCACCAAGAUCUACCCGGGCAAGGGCAAGCUCUACGUCCGCGGCGACAGCAAGAUCUUCCGAUUCCAGAAUGGCAAGACCGAGUCCCUUUUCUUGCAGCGCAAGAACCCAAGAAGAAUAGCCUGGACCAUGCUCUACCGACGCAUGCAUAAGAAGGGUAUCUCAGAGGAAGUCGCCAAAAAACGCACCCGCCGCACAGUAAAACACCAGCGAGCCAUCGUGGGCGCUUCCCUCGACGUGAUCAAGGAACGCCGCGCUCAACGCCCCGAGGCCCGCGCCGCGGCCCGUCAGGCAGCGAUCAAGGACGCCAAGGAGAAGAAGGCUGCUAGUGAGAGCAAGAAGAAGGCCGAGAAGGCGAAGAGUGCGGCGAACGCUGCGAGAGGCCAGAUCACGAGCAAGCAGGGCGCCAAGGGAGCACCGAGCAAGGUGCAAGCAAAGAGCCGAUAG